UCGUUAUUUGCAGUAGGCUACAAUUAUAAAGUAGAGUUGCACUGAAAACGAAUCAGCGCGUUUUUAUUGUAGAAAAAAUACCACGAAAAGCUGACGUGUUUUUUAAAAUUUUUCUCGGAAUACGCUAAGUGUUUGUAAAGGUGAACGAUCCUCGGGUAUUCAGACCACGGAGACGCGACUCUGCUGUAACUGAAAUUUCCAAAUACAUAUUAGAACAUGAACGAAACAGGUAAUCCUGACGACGUUGUUAUUUCUGGGAUUUCGGGUACAUUUCCAAAAAGUGAAAAUGUCGAAGAAUUCAAGGAAAAUUUACUAUCAGGAAACGAUAUGAUUGGUCCAGUCACGAGAUUCGAUUCAAAAAACUUGAUGGCUGGAGCAAUAGACAAUAUUAAUCGAUUCGACUAUUCAUUUUUUCGACUCACGAGCAGUCAAGCUCAAAGCAUGACUAUUUCUUCCAAAAUGCUACUUGAGAAAAGUUUUGAAGCUAUUUUGGAUGCAGGCUACAAUCCUCGAGAAAUAAAGGGUAAAAAUAUCGCGGUUAUUGUUGCCGUAUGGGAUUUACAUAACGACGGAGACCCAGCAAUGCUAAGACAUCCGGAUGCUUUUAAGGAAAUGUACGGAAGAAUGGAAUUCAUGAUCAGUAACAGGAUUUCAAAUAUUUUGGAUAUUCAUGGGCCCAGUUAUAUCGUCAACACAGCUUGCUCAUCAUCUUUAUACGCUAUUGACGGCGCGAUUAAAGCCAUUCAAAGGGGACAAUGCGAAGGAGCGAUCGUCUGCGCAUCAAAUUUCUGUUUAAAAUUGACGAAAAAUCCGGUAAUAAAUCCAUUCCUUAGUGCUUCGGGGAGAAGCUCGCCUUUUGAUGCCAGCGCCGAUGGUUACGUCAGAGCGGACGCAGUGACAGCAAUUUUUCUACAAAAAAGGAAGUAUGCUCGAAGAGUAUACGCAAACGCUAUUCAUUCAUUCGUCAGCAAUGAAGGAUUCAAAGAAGAGGGAAUCGGGGCCCCUUCGACCAGAGAGCAAAUAAAGUUAUACGAACAAUGUUACAAAGAAAUUAACUUUGAUCCGAAAAAAAUCUCGUACAUUGAAACACAUGGUACUGGAACACAGCCAGGAGACAUAUCAGAAGGAACCUCAAUCGAUGAGUUUUUCUACACAGCAAGUAACCGUGAAACUCCUCUGAAAAUAGGAUCAGUGAAAUCAAACAUGGGUCAUGCUGAAGCAGCAGCAGGUAUAUGUGGAUUAAUCAAAAUGAUCAUCGCUUUCGAAUCAGGCAUUAUUCCAGCAAAUUUACGAUAUAACACACCGAAUCCAAAAAUCAAAAGCAUUAUCAACGGGCAUCUUGAGGUUAUUUCAAAACCAACCCCUUUGGAAGGUGAAUAUUUCGCACUGAAUUCUUUUGGACUUGGCGGAUCCACUGGUCAUAUCAUCGUAGCUCCUCAUAAAAAAAUUAAAAAUAAGGAACACUCCUUGAAUGAGGAAAUACCAUUCUUAGUCACUGCGUCUGGAAGGACUGAGGAAGCUGUGGAUUGCAUUUUAAAUAACGUAGAGAAAAAUAAAAACGAUCCUGAAUACAUUCGACUAUUACAUGAAGUUUUCAAAUACCAAAUCGGUGGCCAUCUCUACAGAGGUUUUACCCUUAUACAAAAAAAUGAACCUCCAAAGACUUCCAAAAAGUUUUUUGCAGGCGAAAAUCGACCAAUAUGGUUCGUUUUUUCUGGUAUGGGAUCGCAAUGGGUCGGAAUGGGGAAAUCUCUGAUGAAAAUUCCAAUUUUAGCCGAAUCCAUUCGAAAAAGUCACCAAUUUUUGGAAUCAAAAGGAUUGGACUUGAUAAAAAUUAUCACAGAUGAUGAUCCAAAAAUAUAUGAUAACAUUUUAAAUUCAUUUGUGGGAAUUGCAGCAAUUCAGAUUGCUUUGACAGAUUUAUUGACACGGCUAAACGUACAACCAGAUGGAAUAGUUGGUCAUUCUGUUGGAGAACUUGGAUGUGCAUAUGCUGACGGAUGCUUUACAGCUGAACAGAUGCUUUUAGCAGCAUACUAUCGUGGUAUAGUUUCAAUAGAGACCACUUUCAUACAUGGUACAAUGGUAGCUGUGGGUCAAAGUUACGAUGUCAUGAAAGAUAUUGUUCCACCGGAGAUUGAAAUAGCAUGCCACAAUAGUCCAUCCAACUGUACCUUAUCUGGUCCAACAGAAAUCGUGCAGAAAUUCGUCAAAGAUUUAAAUGAAAAAAACAUAUUUAAUCGUGUAGUAAAAACCUCAAAUAUUGCGUACCACAGUCGUUAUAUAAUCUCGUCAAAAUCAAAGAUGAUGUCCUACAUGAAACAGAUGAUUCCAGAACCAAAACUUCGGUCCGAGAAAUGGAUUUGUACAUCUGCUCCAGAACAGAACUGGGACAGUGAAGAAGUUAGAUUUUCUUCAGCUGAGUACUAUGUGAAUAACAUGAUGAAUCCAGUUUAUUUUGAAGAAGGCCUACGUUACAUUCCCGCCAACGCCAUAACCAUUGAAAUAGCACCUCAUGGCCUUCUAAACGCAAUUUUAAAACAGUCAUUACCGAUCACUGUAGAUAAUAUACCAUUAGUGAUGAGGAAUAAUGAGAAUAACGAGGAAUACCUAAUAAAUGCCCUUGGAAGAAUAUACGAAGCUGGUUGUGAGAUGGAACUUAGCUAUUUAUAUCCACCGGUCGAGUUUCCAGUUAGCAAAUCAACUCCGAUGAUAUCUCCAUCGAUAAAAUGGUAUCAUGAUCAGGCAGAACUGGUUGAUGAGAUCAAUACAGGUAUUCUCCAAAGCAGUGAAAGAACUUUUGCAAUUUACCCAAAAAGUAAAGAACACGAGUACCUCCAAGGUCACAUUAUCGAUGGCAGAAAUCUAUAUCCUGGUUUCGGAUACUUGUGGUUAGUUGUCGAAACUAUCGCAUCAUUGAGACAAAAACAGAUUUCCGAACUUUCAAUUGUUUUUGAAAAUGUUUGUUUCGAAAGAGCUACGAUAAUUCCUGAAAAAGGCAGCUUAUUUUUCCGUAUUUUGAUCCACAACCUCAAGAAUCACUUCGAAGUGACAUGCAACACUAUCGUGGUAGUAACAGGUCAAGUAAGAGUGGUCGAAAAUAUUCGAGAGGAAGGAUUCGAUAUUGAGCCAUUCAAAGACGAAAUAUCCAAUUCUCAUAAUUUACCCCUGAGCAACGAAGAUUUCUAUAAAGAGCUCAGAUUAAGAGGGUACGAUUAUAAAGGAUUAUUUAAAAGCGUUCAAUACGCCAACUGCACUGGUACCUACGGAGAAAUAUCUUGGUGCGAUAAUUUUGUUACUUAUAUAGAUGGAAUGGCGCAAUUUACUCUCCUAAGCAUGGAUUGUCGCAAUCCCAUGGUUCCUACUUUUAUAAACAAACUGGUCAUCGAUUUCAAAAAACAUUACGAAAUUCUCGAGUCACUGGAUGAGAAAAAUCGAAAAUUGCCCGUCAACUUCCAUUCAAACUAUGGUCUUUUAUGUACCGGAGGAAUUCAAAUGAGCGGCUGGGAAAGCAAAGAAAUUAAUCGUCAAAAGAUUACAACUAAUAUAGUGUUGGAAAAAUGUCAAUUUGUGCCUUACAUAAUCGAGCAAAAAAUGAAUUUAAAGUCGAUAAUCAGAAUCUGUGUUGAGAUGGCUUUGAAAAAUACACAAGUAAUGAAAGCAACAACUUACCAAAUACUUGAUGAAAAUUGUAAUCCUGAGGAGGCUCUCAUAUCUGCUGCAGUUGUGCAUGCUUUGAACGAUGCACGAUUGAGGUCUCCAAAAGCAAUAGGAAACCAAACAAGAUCUAAAAAACCCAAUUUUGGGGCCAUAGGCACCCCCUCCGCCAAUUUUGGGGCGAAAGAAGAUUGACAAUAUGGGCAUCGUUUUCAUAUGAAUCGAACUCUCUGAACACGAAUAUGAAGUUAGAUUUAAAAUUGGACCCUCCUAAGGGUCACAUUUGGGAAGGGGUGUUGCCCAAAAAUUAGGUUUUCGAGAAAAAUGCUCCAUGAAAAGUACAGAGUAAGUUUUCCGAAUAGGUAUAAUGAAUUUGGGUAGUUACCAAAAUUUUGAACUUUUUGGACCUAAUAUUCGAAUUUUUUAUGCCCUUCAAUGUAGCACUCAUGAGUUGUUCA